CGCUCUGAGGAAGACGGGGGGUGCAUGUUCACUCAUCCUUCUGUGUUACGUCUUCAUCCCAUGAGGGUGUCUGGUUGUUGGAGCGCCACCUUGUGGUUACUUUGGCUUCUCCAUAUCAGACACAGGACCUGGUUGUGAAUCCAUCCCGUAGUUUGUCACCAGGGAAGAGCGUCCCAGCAGCAGCAGCAGCAGCAGCCCUGUUCCAUCUGCGCACCGCUGCCUGCAGCACGGACACCGGCUCGGUCCGCCGCCUCUCCGCCGCUGAGGUGAGGCUGCACCCCGUCACCUCCUCCUCCUCCUCCUCCUCCUCCUCCUCCGGUCCUUCUGGGAGCACAAUGCGCUGAUCUCUGUGGCAGGAUGAUUUCUGUUGUUUCCACGGUGGAGAGCGUCCCCAGAGGUACGGGCACCCCGGCGCCCAGUCUCUACCAGCGGAUCAGGAAGGUCUUAACCAGAGACCUCCUGGUGACCCUGGCUCUGGGCCAGGUCUUGUCCUUGUUAAUCUGUGCUAUUAGUCUGAUCAGCAAGUACCUGGCUGAUGACUUCCACGCUAACACACCAGUGUUCCAGAGCUUUCUCAACUACAUCCUGCUGUUUUUGGUCUACACCACGACACUGGCAGUCAGGCAAGGAGAAGGGAACCUGCUGGCCAUUCUGAAGCAACGCUGGUGGAAAUACAUGAUUCUGGGUUUUAUAGACAUCGAGGCCAACUAUCUGGUCCUGAAGGCUUACCAGUACACUACACUCUCCAGUGUACAGUUGUUAGACUGUUUUGUCAUCCCGGUGGUCCUGCUGCUGUCCUGGUUUUUUCUCUUGGUGAGGUACAAGGCAGCCCACUUUGUUGGGGCAGGGCUGUGCCUGUUGGGUAUCGGCUGCAUGGUCGGAGCUGAUAUCCUACUUGGUCGGCAGCAAGGCCUUGGCGAACAGAAGCUAUUCGGGGAUCUUUUGGUUCUGGGAGGAGCAACACUGUAUGGGAUCUCCAACAUCUGUGAGGAAUUCAUUGUGAAGAACCUGAGCCGUGUGGAGUUCCUCGGCAUGAUGGGACUCUUCGGAUCCUUCUUUAGCGGCAUCCAACUGGCAAUCAUGGAACACAAGGAGCUGCUGAAGGUAUCCUGGGACUGGCAGAUAGGUCUCCUCUACGUUGCUUUCAGUGGCUUCAUGUUUGGCCUGUACAGCUUCAUGCCCGUGGUGAUAAAGAGGACGAGUGCCACCUCAGUCAAUCUCUCUCUGCUCACAGCUGACCUAUACAGCCUCUUUUGUGGUAUCUUCCUCUUUCACUACAAGUUCUCUGGCCUCUACCUGUUGUCAUUUUUCGUCAUUAUCUUGGGCUUGGUCUUUUACGCCUCCUCAUCUACCUAUGUGGUCCAGGAUCCACGAGUCUACAAGCAGUUCAGGAACACAGGCAGCCAGUUGGCCAACGACCCACCCCCACUUAGGCCUGGACUACCAGAACCUUCUGUCACCUACACCAGCCUGGGCCCCGAGCCGGCGGAAGAGCUUCCUGUACGUGUAGCCUAAGUUGAUCUGAGAGAUCUGGGAGCGUUUGCUCUGUCAGCAUGGUGCAUCAGUGCGUCAGCUGCAGCGUCUAGGUCAUAUACAGAGAAGAAGUGCUGGCUGUACCCAGAAUGCUGAGUAUCGUAGCUGCACAAUCACCCAGGUAGGUCCAGGUUUUCAUUUUAUGGCCUGUACUGAGCGAUGGAGUCUUCACCUGCUCAGUUAUGACAAAUUUAUGUACCCAAAUACACAAAUGACCAGAAUGUAAUUAAAUCAAAAAGCAAAGCAAGUGAAUAUAUUGAGUUCACUGUGAUCAAAGACUGAGUAGACCAUAGUGACUGUAAAUUAUCAUUCAUGUAAAUAGAUGGUAUUGUCAUUUGAAUGGUUCUCCUCCUUUCUUUUUAUAUCUGUCAAGAAUGUUUUUGAGUAUUCCCUGUGUAUAUGCUGAAGCUGUGUUCAUCAUAUUGAAGUCUACAGUGUUUCUGAAUCCACCUGCUCCAAUUCAGUGACAGAUUUGGUCUUUUCAGUCUGUUUAACACACUGGAGUCACUUGUGUUCAUAGUAGUGGCAGACAGCUCCUCGUGGUUCAUCAAACAACUUUGUCACCAAGGUACUACAUUUUGCUGUGUAUUUUGAACAUGGAUAUAUUGUAGGCUGGUAUAAAUAUAUUUGGAUAUCAUAUAUUUAAGUUUGAAUACUUAAACACCAAAAAACCUUUCAGUAUUUCCCCUCCAGAAGGUCAUUGAGAAGUAGAAUUUACAGAAAAUAAUUCAAACAACUGAUGAAAAAUUGAAGAACUGAGUUCAUGACCUCAGCAUUUCUACAAUUCUGGUUAUUGCCCUGAAUUAGAUCUUUUUCUUUUCUGUUAGUAUUAAAUAAAUGUCAAAAUACAAUCAAAGCAGGGGGCACAGCGUUUGUGAUAAGAUAGGUUUGUUACUGUGGUGUGUUAGUGUUCUCUCUAAGUCUGCAAUAUGGACAAAGACAAAUGUGAAUCUAUUUUACAUAACAUUAUCGAGUCUGCCUUCAUUACAAAUACAGCUCCCAUUGCUGUAAUCCCCAGACUUCGCAACAUGGAAAUUUGAAUUUUUUACACAUGUUCCGGCCUCUCGUCUAGAACUACAUGAAAAAGCUUGUUUUUAGAAACCAAGCAUCAUUCAUAACCACUGUCAUUGGCUGAGGUGCGCUGGCUGCAUCACGUAGUGUUUGGAGGACAUUGCCGUAUCUUGCGCCAUGUUAAAUCGUAAUAUGGAAAAGAGCUUUGACAGACUAAUAGAAGUGAUUGGAGUCAGAAUCCAUGGCCCCCUCCUCUCACUGUGUGUAUAUAUACAGUUUAUUGCAAAGUUUAUCCGACAUGAUUAUGAGGCUUCAGCAGUCUGGGUCAGUGAAACCAAAGUGUUUCGGCAGUGUCUGAGCUGCAGUGAGGGGAAGGGACACACUGAGGAAAUUUCACAAUAGAAAUUCAGUAACUAGAAAAAAUUCCCUACAUUUUUCUCCAGUGUCAUAUUAGCCUCAGAUAAACUUUGGAUUGUAUUUUUGCGGGGGAAAUAUCCUGUACAUCAGAAGCACAUAAAGGAAAGAUCUCUUAAGAGCCAGAUUGAACAAAACCUGUCCUUUCAUUUGGAGUGAGCUGUAGAUGUGUGGUAAGAGGCCAAGGCCUUGCAUUUACAUAGAGUAAAAGAAUUGAUCAAACGACUGCUUCUCACAUUUUAUUGUUAUGUACUGUUUAGUAUAUUGUUGGAUGUAUUAUGUCCUUUUGAAGUCAGAGAGAUCCUAGUUUGGUUUUGACGGGUAAGGAGCUCACCAUUAUUGAUUAUUGGGUUAUUGUUAUUUUUGCAUUCUGUGUGUGUAUUUUGAGUUUUUUCUAUGUAAAACAAAUUUUUAAAAAGUUGAUUGCAAAAGAAAAUAAACUGAAAAAAGCAGAUUGGUAAAAUGUU